AUGAUAUCCAAAUGGUCAUCCAGCUGUCCAAAACAAAAAGCAACUCGAAUCCGAAACAACCAGCGGCGGCAUCGAGCCAAAGUCAAGGCUCACAUCUCCGACCUUGAAUCAGAACUGGCCGAGUCACGGAGACAAUUGGCUGCUGCGGAGCAUCGCAUCAAGGCGCUUACAGCCGAAGUUGAGCAGUUACAGAGCGAGGCAAGGAGGGAGCCUUGUUCUGCUCCUUUGACACCCGCCUACCAUCAUACAAGCACCCACGACCAUCAGCCGGUCUUAGAGCCACGCUGCUGCUGGAUGUCAGGUUCACAGAGACAGUUGGGCAAAUUAACCACACACGAUCAAGAUGUCAUGAUCAAUUCAUCACUCACCAACGGCACAGAAAGGGACAAUUUCAACCUCGCCCUAUCUUUCGUCGCCCAAUACAAGUCCCAAAAUCUCCCCCCUCCACAACCAGGCGAAUCGACAACAAGCUGCGCAGCUGCAUACAGCAUCAUUGCACAGCAAAACUUUAAGGGAUUCGGAUUGGACGAUAUCCACCAGUGGCUACAAUCGGGCUACAGACAGGCAAUCCGGUCAGAGGAUGGAUGCGCCGUGGCCAAUAGCCUUGUUCAUAGCCUCAUCAACCAUCUCAGCCCGGUAUAG